AUGCGCACAGAUGGGCAUUCCUGCUUCCCGCAUCCACAGCUAUUGAAAUUCUGCGGAGACGGCCGCUCGCACAAAAGGGUCUCGGCGCAGACGGGAAGUGCUCUGCAGCUGCAGGAAGCAUCUGCGGUCGAACGGGCUAAUCAGAGGAAGGAUGCAGAACGCUCCUCAUUCUUAAGAGAUGUACAUCACAGAUCAGACGGCACAUUUAUAGCUAUGAGAAGAGCUGGGAACUCUGCCAUCUCAAUCUCAAACUGCUGGCUCGUGACCCAAAAAUCAGUCACACAGUGUAAGAGCAGCACUGCACACACUUCAUACAAACCAGAGGAAGAUGAGAUGAUGCUCUGGGCCUCCGCCUUCACAACAGAGCAAACACACUCCAGCAGAUCUCUGCACGGCUGGAAUCACACACACACUCGGGAGAGAAAGAAAGAAGGCACUCGUGGUUUGGAAGAGGGGUUCUUUGAGCGCUUCCAGCUUCUGCUGCUUGGAGUAUUUGGGAAGCACGCUCAUCACGGCACGAGGAAUAUGUCUUCCAGAAGCCACCGGCAUCAUUUACCCACAUACAUGAUGCAGCUCUACCGACACUUCAAGCUCAACCACACGCGUCCCGUGGAGACUGUAGAGCACGAGCAAGCGGACACCAUCAAGAGCAUCCUCUCCAAGAGUUUGACCAAUCAAGAUACACACUACGUCAUACACUUCGACCUUUCCUCAGUUCUGUCCGAGCGUCAGAUCCAGGCGGCGGAGCUGAGGAUUCGUAUUCCCAAAGAAACGCAGCAAACGAACAUCACGGUGGAGGUCCGACACCAGCAGGACCAGACGCUGGGUCGACUGUCCGAUUCCUCUCUGAUGAGCGUCUCCCAUCACUGGAGGGUCUACAACGCCACAGACCUGCUCCUAAACUGGAUCGGCCCCAAACUCUCCGAGAGGAGAGCCGCGAGACACGCUCUGCACUCCGGGAGUAAAGCUGCGGACGGGAUCCGUCACAGAGCCAUGCUGCUGGUCUUCUCACACACCGUCUCUGGACAGAGCGAGCAGGACCGAGCUAGUCUCCUGCACACAGCAGAGAAGUCCAAGUUCUUGUUUAACAGCGAAGGAAAGGAGGUGCGGAGAGACAAGCCACACAGGAGCAAGCGGGGCCGCAGGGGUCAGCCGGUGAGGAACCCGGAGCCACUCAGGAGUCCGGCCGGGAAGAGCUCCAAGUGCAGGAGGGUCGACAUGCAUGUGGACUUCAAUCAGAUCGGAUGGGGCUCCUGGAUCGUCUUCCCCAAGAAGUACAACGCGUACCGCUGCGAGGGGAGCUGCCCGAACCCGCUGGGAGACGACCUGCAUCCCACCAACCACGCUUACAUGCAGAGUUUGCUGAAGUAUUACCAUCCCAGCAGAGUUCCUGCGGCCUGCUGCGCUCCGACCAAGAUGAGUCCCCUCAGCAUGCUGUACUACGAGAACGGCGAGCUGAUCCUCAGACACCACGAGGACAUGCUGGUGGAGGAGUGCGGCUGCCUGUGACGAGCUCAAUCAGAGCUUCAGACAUUAUCAUCAGCCAGAACAUCUCAGGACUUCAGAAAGAGACGGAAACACCACA